AUGGCGUUGCAAGGAGGUCGCUUUUCCCCAAGCGUCAAGACCAUUAAAUGGCUCUACCAUGAGUCCGGGAUCGCCUCUCUCUGGGGCGUCGGCAAGGACGCCUGGCUGGUCAUCAUUGCUCGGACCUGCCGCAUGUUCGCCUUUGGAGCAGUCUCUCUCAUCAUUGCCUUGUUCUUUUCCGAGCUGAAAUUCUCCGAUUUCCAGAUUGGCGUCUUCAUGACCUUGACCCUCAUUGGCGAUGUUGUUCUGGGGCUGCUCAUCACCUUAUUGGCCGAUGGCCUGGGCCGACGUCGAGUCCUCUUCGCCGGCGGGUUUUUCAUGGCCUUGUCUGGCGCUAUAUUCUCUUAUUUUGAGAACUUUUGGUUGUUGCUCUUCGCUGCCGUACUUGGUGUUGUGAGCAUUACCGGCGGUGAUUUCGGACCGUUCCGAGCCAUAGAGGAGUCGAUAUUGUCUCAUCUCACUACCCCAAGCACACGUGCAGACGUGCUCUCUUGGUAUGUCACAAGCUCCGGCCUUGGAUCGGCUGCAGGCUUGGGUGUAGUGGGACAUUAUAUUGAAAAUCUUCAGAAGACCCACGGAUGGGGUUUGUUGAAGACCUACCAUUCGACAUUCUGGGUCUAUAUCCUCAUGGGGGUCUUAAACAUGCUGUUUGCGUUCUCGAUGAGUGACAAAUCUGAGAUCUCUCACGUGAGCGAGGAACAGGCACCUCAUGAGUCCGAGCAAGGGCUGCUUGAUGGGUCAGAGGACGACGAGGAUUACAACACCGCGACUCCAGCGGAUCAGCAACCGUCUAGCAAGUCCAGCGCCCUGGCUUCGCAAGCGAGCGUUCAAAUCUCCCAAAUAUCAUCUAACACUCUGUCGGUCAUGUACAAGCUUUGGUUCCUUCUCGCUGUCGACAGUGUGGCUGAUGGCAUGGUUUCAUACUCCUUGACCAACUACUAUCUAGACGGGAAGUUCCAUUUAUCAAAGUCCACCCUCGGGAGCAUCAUGUCAGCCGCUUACAUUCUCGGUACCGUCUCGACGGUCUUCGCUGGACCUUGUGCGCGCCACAUUGGUCUCCUUAAUACCAUGGUCUUUACCCAUAUUCCGUCCUCUGCUGCUGUUCUCUUCUUCCCUCUUCCUAGUGGCUUGGUUCUCACUAUCAUUCUGCUCUUCAUUCGCACCGGUCUCAACAGCAUGGAUCAAGCUCCCCGCGCGGCAUUCAUUGCUGCGGCGGUAAAGCCCCAUGAGCGUACUGCCAUCAUGGGUAUCACCAGCACUGUGAGGACACUGGCGUCGACGAUUGGCCCAUCAGUCACAGGUGGACUGGCCGAAUCGAACCAUUUCUGGGUCGCCUAUGUUGUGGGCGGCUCUUUGAGACUCCUGUAUGACCUUGGAUUGUGGGCCAUGUUUGUCAAUAUGAAGCUCCACGCUCACGAGGAGCCGGAGGGAGAGGCUACUGUGUCAACUGAACUCGCCGAUGAGGAGACUGAGGGAUACCAAGAACAGCCGACACAGAGAGCAGGCCCUGCUUAA